AACUUUUUUUUUUUUUCUGUUUGGCUGCUGAGAAAAUUUUCCAAAUAUUUCCCCUUUCGAUUUUCUCCCCUUUCCGGGAUUGCGAAAAACGACGCUAAUUCAUGUGUGGCUGCAUUUAGAAUCGCCAUUUCGUUUAACUUUUUUUUUCCUCCUAUGUACAAACUGAGCGAGUUCAAUCUUCGUAAGCAUUUCUCUAUAAGAAGCAAUCCUAAUUCCUUAAUGGAGAGUUCUGAAGAGGAAAAUGAUGGAGUCUCUGGUAAUCAUGCUACUAAGGAACUGAUUCAUUUAGCAUCUAAUGGGGCAAAAUUUAUAGAUGAAGUACUCAAUGGUCAAAAUGAAUGCUGUCUGGAGAAUUUUCGCAUGGAUAAACAUGUAUUCUAUAAGUUAUGUGAUAUCCUGCAAGCCAAGGGUUUAUUGCGUCACACAAAUCGAAUCAAAAUUGAGGAGCAACUGGGCAUAUUUAUGUUCAUUAUUGGGCAUAAUCUACGGACAAGGGCUGUUCAAGAGUUAUUCCGUUAUUCUGGAGAAACUAUUAGUCGUCACUUUAACAAUGUUUUGAAUGCUAUAAUGUCUAUUUCACUGGAUCUCUUUCAGCCUCCUGGCUCUGGUGUUCCUUCAGAAAUCUUUGAAGAUCCUAGAUUCUAUCCAUAUUUUAAAGAUUGUGUGGGAGUAAUUGAUGGUAUACAUGUACCAGUGACGGUAGGUGUAGAUGAGCAAGGACCAUUCCGCAAUAAGAAUGGUUUGCUUUCACAGAAUAUUCUGGCAGCUUGCUCAUUUGACCUCAAGUUUCAAUAUGUUUUGGCUGGAUGGGAAGGAUCUGCUACAGACUUGCAAGUUUUUAAUUCAGCAAUCACAAGGCAGAACAAAUUGCAGGUCCCCGAGGGUAAAUACUACAUCGUAGACAGCAAGUACCAAAAUGUGCCUGGUUUCGUUGCUCCAUAUUCCAGUACUCCCUACUACUCCAAGGAAUUUCUCAGCGAUUACCACCCGCAAGAUGCAAGUGAACUGUUCAAUCAACGACAUUCAUUAUUACGACAUGUCAUAGAUCGAACUUUUGGGAUCUUAAAGGCACGGUUUCCUAUAUUGAUGUCUGCUCCUUCUUAUCCAUUACAAACACAAGUGAAGUUAGUGGUGGCUGCAUGUGCAUUGCACAAUUACAUUCGCAGGGAGAAGCCAGAUGAUUGGCUUUUCAAGAUGUAUGAAGAAGGGUCAUUUCCAAUGGAGGAAUCACAACCCCCAUUGGAGAUGGAAGUACCACCAAAGAUGGAUGUUGAGACCCAGACACAGCCAUCAGUUCAUACUUUUGAUUCUGAAGAAAUUGCACUUGCUUCACAGUUAAGGGACUCCAUUGCUACUGAAAUGUGGAAUGAUUUUAUCCAAUGAUUUCCCCCCCAUGUAAAUUUCUUUAGUUAAGCUUAUAUAUAUGAUCAGAUUAGGUUUGAUUUUUUCUCAGGGUCUACAGUAUAUGAGACUAUGUUGCCUUAGUUUACAGUGGCAUUUUGUUCAUAAAACAGAAGUAUGCAUGUAGAUCAUAUCUCAUCACAUAAGCUUUUGCUUUUAAUUCUUAUAAGAUGGAUUAUAAGCUUCAAUA